GGACGGGCUGUGCCUCCCCCCGCCAGCCUGGUGGCCCGCAGUGGGGAUUGAAGGGUUUUCACGUUCCGGGGGGGACCAGCAGGCCUCGGUUGCAAUGCAGCUGCUAUGAACGAAGCUUCAGUUUCGACAGGCUUACGUUCGAAGGAAGGAACGUUUUCCUUUUGGGAUAAUCGUGGCUGCAAAUCAGCAGCUGUAGGGCUCAGUUACUAUAAAGUGGAGAGUGUUUAUAUCUAGAGCUCGCAGAUGGGUCAGGGACUCUGGAGAAUUGCUAGAAACCAGCAAUUGCAGCAGCAAGGAUACAGUGGACCAGGCUAUCUGAGCAGAGAGCAUGGUAGGAGGAUACCUGCUAACAACGUUUCCAAUUCGAGCCACCGCAAACAAGCUCAAGGAGGCAUUGACAUCUACCACCUGCUGAAGACAAGAAAAUCUAAAGAACAAGAAGGAUUCAUUAACCUGGAAAUGUUGCCACCAGAGCUCAGUUUUACCAUUUUGUCAUACCUGAAUGCAACUGAUCUCUGUCUAGCAUCGUGUGUCUGGCAGGAUCUUGCUAAUGAUGAGCUCCUCUGGCAAGGGUUGUGCAAAUCCACUUGGGGUCACUGUUCUAUAUACAAUAAGAAUCCGCCUCUAGGAUUUUCUUUUAGAAAAUUGUAUAUGCAGCUAGAUGAGGGCAGUCUCACCUUUAAUGCCAACCCUGAUGAGGGUGUCAACUACUUUAUGUCCAAAGGCAUACUAGAUGAUUCGCCGAAAGAAAUAGCUAAGUUUAUUUUUUGCACAAGAACACUGAAUUGGAAGAAGCUGAGAAUCUACCUUGAUGAAAGGAGAGAUGUUUUGGAUGACCUUGUGACGCUGCACAACUUCAGAAAUCAGUUCUUGCCAAAUGCACUGAGAGAGUUCUUCAGACACAUUCAUGCUCCUGAGGAGCGUGGGGAGUACCUUGAAACUCUCAUAACAAAGUUCUCUCACAGAUUCUGUGCUUGUAAUCCUGAUUUGAUGAGAGAGCUUGGCCUUAGCCCUGAUGCAGUUUAUGUACUGUGUUACUCUUUGAUUCUCCUUUCGAUUGAUCUAACAAGCCCUCACGUGAAGAACAAAAUGUCAAAGAGGGAAUUCAUCCGAAACACACGGCGAGCUGCACAGAAUAUUAGUGAAGAUUUUGUAGGGCACCUUUAUGACAACAUCUACCUUAUUGGCCACGUGGCUGCCUAAAAGCACAAUUUGCUAGCACUUAAAAUUUGUAAUUUUCAGAAACUACAUCAAUUCAAGAUAUUAAUUAUUUUGUAGAGAUGGGGGUUAUUUUAGUGCUGGUCAUUCUAACCUCUGUAUGCAAUCAAAGUUUGUGUGUGUAAGUGUGUGUAUGUGUAAACUACCUUUUCUAUCUAUUAACUGUGGGAACAGAACGACCUUUUUUCAUAAUUUUUUUUAGUUUUGCACAAAACAAUGCCAUUAGUCUGACACAGCCAUUUAUGAAUGUUAAACUGACAUUACAGUCUAAGCUGAAAAAGUGGUGAAUUUGUGCAUUAGAUCUGCUUGAAACUUUAAUAAGUUCAUUCUUUUUAGAAUACCAUGUAAUGUGUAUAUAUUUAACUAAAGAGAUUUAUAAUCAUAAUUAUUUUAUUGUAAAGUAUUUUAACUAAAAUUUCUCCUUUUAUCUCUUAAAUUAGUGUUUGACUUUUCGUUUGCAUUUUUUUACAAUGCUAACUACCUCAGAUACCUAAGUUAGAGGAACAUUGAUCUGAAUACUACAAUAAAGUUUAUUCUAGGAGAUGAUAGAACACUUCUAAAAUAUUGAAGCUGAUGUUCUAUACUAUAGUUAUUAACUUGAAUUAGCAUGUUGCCAAUCUGCUAUUCACUCAGUUUUAAAGAUUACAGGCUCUAUUUUAGAUGAACCCUGAUGCCAUAAAGGGUUAUCCAGGGGAAAUCAUGCAGUGUACAGAGAGGUUUACAUCGUUUUACAUACACAACUUAUUUUGCAGAUACUGGUUUUUGGGAAACAGGACAACUACAAUCACCUGUUCAGCACAGUAGGCAAGAAAAUCUGAACAGGGAAAGUGGUAGGAGUGAGUAAUAUGCUGCUGCUUUCAACGAGUUCCCUCAGUCUAGAAGUGUCAAUGAUGGAAAUGCCUUGGCAAAUGUAUACCAGAUGACUUGUUACUAAAGCUGUUAAAAACUGACAGUGCAAGAUUAGAGCAGUGACUGUGCAGGAUUGGAGAACUGUUUCAGAGUCAGAUGCUGAAUUACUUUCUAAGUUGGUCAUGUAGCUAGAUUUUAAACAGCUCUAAAUUUGUGGAAAAACUUCAAAAAUUACUUGGUCGGGUUGUGUCUUGACGUUUCCUGAAGUGUGGAGGAUAUUAGCAGUGGAACUGCUGUGCUUGUGCAGAAGUUGACUAAGGAUUUGCCUAGGUUUUGUUCAGACAACUCUAGGAACAGUUGAUACAACAUGUAGUUGAAGAGCUGUUCCUGAUUAUGUUUGUUUACAUAAUAUUCAGCUAUCAGUAGUGUCUGGAUACAUCAUGGUAGCAAGUAUAUUUCUUUUUCUCUACUGUACCAUGAGGUGAUGUGGGAAGGUAUUCUUAAUCUGUAAAACAGAACUAAUCUGAGUUUUUUACAUGGAAAGCCUAUUGCAAAGCCAGGAAUUUCAUUCAGGAAUGACCCCUCACAGCCAUGCCCUUUUCCUAUGCUGCUGCUUUCUGUUUAGCACCUAGGGAGUGUUACCUUUGUUUUAGAUAUGAGAAGGACAGUCCAUACAAGGGCUACAUAAAUUAUGGGAAGAAAAAGAUGUAGCUAUUACUAUUUCAAGUGUUUAUAGCUCUGCUCCACUAACCAAAAUGCAUGCAAAAAAAGUACUUUUUUUAUUGCACUACCUUUUAUCAAGUGUAAAUGCCACUGCAUUUAUGUAGCAUACACAGCCAAAGCCAGGAGCCAGCAAUAUUGUGGCCGUGUUCCAGACAGGUUUACAGUAUCACCUGCCUUCUUCAGGAUAACUACUCCUCACCCAGUGUUAUGUCAUGUAUUGCAGAAAGUCCAAGGAUGCGUUCUGCAGUGGUCAAUUAAUCUCAAACACAAAUUAAGAGUGUAUGGUACAGCGGGGAGCUUUGUUUAAGGCACAGAUGUCUGCUGCUAUACUACAGGAAAAAAAAUUGAAAGCUUUUAAUGUAAUUUGUAAGACCAGUUAUAAAGGACAAGUGUCUCUGGGCUCUUUAAAGUGAUUUGAAGUGGAGACAGCAGAAUAUAGUUUCCUAAGAAACACUCCUCAAAGUUUACACAUUUUAAAAGAAGAAUUCAGUGAAUUUUGAAAUUGGAACUUUUCUUGUUAGAAAAUAUUUUCUUCUCAAACCACAAAUGCAGAGCGAGGUUUAAUUCUCUUCUGGCAUAGGGUGACAUUAGUGAUACGGGUUUUGAUUUUGCACUAGUAAGAAAGUAUGAAUUGUUAGUCUGGAUUUCUCCUAAUUUCCCGUUACCCUGAUACAGUACAAAACCUUCAGGCAGGCAGAACAUGUUUUUUCUGGAAUAGAUGAGUACAUGUAUUAGCAAGGUCUAGAAAACUUCUAGGCCAGUGUAGAAGCCAAGAACAUAAAUUAGAAACAGAAUGAUACAAUUCAAGUUUCCAUAAGACAAGGCUGGGGCAAAAGAAAACAAAACCCUAAUGACAUGCAGAUAACAGCAUCUGAUCUUCACAACAGGAUUUUGAGCAGUGUUAGAGGAUUAGCACCCAAUUCAUGCUCUACAUUAUGUUACUAACUCAGAGUGGAACAGAAAACAGCAAACACAACUUGCCAAGUGUGAAUUCCCUCAGAGUCAAUCACCAAGUAACUAAUUAAUACAGACAUUUCUGCAGUCAUUUUUCUUUCAGCAGUUUGAGUCUAACUCUAAAGUGGCUGAGAAGUAAUUUUUUGCAUUUUAGCAAUCUAGACUUUACAUGAAGUUAAACAAUUUUCUGUCUUAAAAGGAGAGAAAAAAAUCUUAAUCAAGUGUAACAGUACUCUUAAAAAGUGAAAAAAUUGUCUUGGUUGUCCUCCAAAAACUCUUUAAAAAACAAAGUAUUAUGCAGUGUUUUCUUCAAUGCACUUGGUGUCUCCGUGCACAUUUUAAAAUAAUGAUACUUCAUUGAUCCAUGUGUCACUAAAUGAUGCAAUGUGGAUAUAGCUCCUUGAUCAAGCACUUCAGAAGACUUAGGCAGAGGAUCUCAAGCUGAAUUAUGUGAGCAUGAUCAUGCUUAUAACUGUGAAGUGUUUCCCAAGCUAUUGUGAUUCCACCACUGCAUGUCCUUUGAACUUUGGCCAUGUGGUGUUGCCUUAACUCUUAACUGUAUGCACUGUACACAGCACUGAAGGAAGAAGUGAGCCUGCAGCCCAUCCCUCUGCAAACACUCACUGUUCUGUCCUAGAAGACACUAGAAUUUUUCUUAAUGGCCAUUUCUGUAAGUUUGGUAACUUCAGUAUACACAGAUGUGACAGAUGGAAAAUUUUCUGUUUGUGUUGGGAAAAUGAGUGUACCUGUGUCCAUGUAAAGUGUCACACAAAUGCAGCUCAUGUUUGCUUUUAUUAUAAAGUCUGAGGCUCUGAUUGCAUUUAUUCAAGGAAUAUGGCAUAUAUUAGAUAUUCACAUAGCUUAGCUAUACACAGCAUCUGAUAUUAUCUGUUUUCUCAGACUCUAUUUCUGUCUAAAAUACCUUCCAUUCAAACUCUAAACAACACAUUUAUACAGCUUUGGCUUUCUAAAAUAAAUCAAAGCUGCUGCAACAUAAAUCAACCCAAACAAAUACAAGUUUGAGAUGUGUUUGUCGAUUUUGAAGUAAGUGAGAAAUUUGCAUUCAGGAAAAAAAUUCAAUUUGUUCUCUUUAACCUUUCCCUUUCACUCCCCACAUUGGAAAAAGAAAAAAUGUAAACAGUUUCAAAAUACAGCUUUAAGAAAAUAAACUGACUAGCUGGGCAAAUAAGUUAUUAUUUCUUCAGUAUUCUGCAGUUUAUUAAUGUUCUUAAACAAGUUUAUCAACGAGGAAUUGCUCUUUUUCAAAGUGGUAAUACUUUUGUUCUCUGUGUAAGGAUGUCAUUGUGCAAUCUGAUACUGUUUAUAGCUCUGUUUUUAGAAAACAGGUAUUAUUUUAAGCACUUAAACAAAAUUGAGUUGUACCUCCUUGAUCAUGUUAAAAUGUCAAAAUUGUAAUAAGUAUUUGGGAAAGUCAGAUUUACUUGCCCUCUAUUGAAUUAGGAUUUUUUUUUCCUUUUGAAAUAUUUCAUGGGUGUAUUAAAACUAAUAAACAUUGAGGCUGAGGACUUGUUCUCUGCCAUUGCAAAAUCUCCCACUCUAAGCUCAAAAGCAGUGUUAAAGUAGGCAAAGAACAGAUUCCUGUGUCUCACAUCAGCAUGUUAUGGUUUUAUUUUGCCUUGAAAGAGAAAUACAAGUUUUUAUAAUCCGCAUUUAAUAGUGAUUUUAGUAAGAUAAAUUUUAUGUGAUAAUCUAAUACUAUUUAUGAGAUGUUUAAAGUUCAGACUUGCCAUGUGCAAUUAAAUCAUAAUCAAAUAGAUAGGAGUAUUUACAGAAGUGUGUCUAUAAAAAACCUAAAAGUGAUCACAUUGCUUCUUUAUCACCUCAGUGUUUUUUACUAAUAUUAAUGUUAAUAAAUUUGCAGUUUUCCUUUCUUAUUCAUAUAAAUAUGCUUAGAGAAAAUAUUUAAACUGAAUACUUCCAUUUCCUAUGUGAAAUUCACUUGCAAAAACAAACUUUCUGUACUUAAAAUAUUAGAAAAGCAAAAAAACUUCAAUUCAUUGAAAGAAAAAAGAGGCUCUUAAUUUUCAGUUGUGUGGUUUACUCAUAGACCGUAAUAGAGAAAACAAGCAAAAGGCACUUUUCUGAUUCUCAGUAAUCAAAAAAAAAUGCAUUUUUUAAGCUUAAGAAUAGUCUAUGUGUACCUAACAGAAAUCAAACAUGUUUUUGUGAAAGCAGUAUGGUCAGGAUACCAGUUCUUUUCAGAGAGAGUAUUCAUUUGUAAAAGUUAGCUUUCUUCUUGGCAGUGUUGGAGUGGAAUGUUGGAUUUAAUUUAAAAUGAUUAAUGAGAUUUUGUCAGACUCCUGCCUUUACCACCACUGCAGUUUGUCAGCACAACAACCUGGGAAGCCAGGACGCCACUCUGUCGCCCAAAACUGCUUUCCAGGAAAAAAUAAACCCCAGUAACUAGUGCCAGGUACGUGUCGAUGGUAUUGUCUUUCAGCUGCUGAAAGUUUAAGCUGGGGCAUUUACACAUUCUGAGGAAGUGAACCUCAUUUGUUAUUUCAAUAGUCUGUUUUUGACAGUGGAUACCAGUGUGAACUUAAAUUUUUAGAGCAGGCAUAGCCAUUUUUUUAACCUUGUGGAAAAUCCUAUAAUCCAUGCAGAAGAGAAAGACUUUAAAAGGGAAAAAUAUGUAUCAAAGCUUAUUUAGUGAAGUUUUUCUGGAGAAAGACCAUCUGAAUACUGUAUUCUGUUAGGAGGAGCUCAUCCUUUGAGCACUAUGCAUGCCAGUAGCCUGCUGAGUGGCAAGGAGUGUUCUGUUGGACUUGAGACAGAUGCAUCAGUGUGUGUGCCAAGAGCCAAAAUCUGACAAGUUUGCAAUACUUCUCAUGUAUGACCAUAAAAUAAGCAAAUGAGUAAUUCUUUUGAAAUGUAAGGUUGAUAUUGAAAAUUAUUUACAAUUUGUCUUCUUUGCUUUCCUUGUGGAAGUUCGUUCUGUUGGUCUACAGUUUGAGCAUUGUGUUUUCUUACACAUGAAAUACUCAGAAAGAUUAUUUCAAUUUCAAAAGCAGCCUUCCCCUUCUGAGAAAACAUGCCUGCCUGUGCUGUGCAAGUCCUCCUGCAGUCUCAUAGUGCUGUAUCAAAAAACUGACCUUGAAUUCACUCCUGCAGACCACUUUAUACACCAGUUCUAUCCAUUAACUCAGCAGGCAAAAAAUCCUGCAGGCAUCACAGAGAUGGAGGUGAAAAAGAGUUUGUACUGCUCUGCUGCACCAGGCAGGACCUACUCCUUUGAGGGGCAUGAUGGCACAUGUUUUCUUUGCAUUACUUUUAUCUUAGCUUGUUUUCAUAUGUUAAAAAAAUAUUUUCACAACUGCAGUUUCCCUACCUUCAUAUCCAGAAUUCAGGCUAAUUGUCAUAAUUUCAUGUAACACAACUGAACUGAAAUAUAUUUUUAUAACUGGAGAACUUCUUGAGUUUACUUGCCUUUUGCAGCAUUAAUCACCUGCUGAUUAGUGACAAAACAAACAAGGAAAUCACAGAAGUUCUUUACAAGUGCUAAAGAAAUGCAUCUCUCAGCGUGCUUCUUAGUAACAAUCAAGAUGCUGUAUUUUUUCACAUUAAAUGUAACUUCUUGUUUCUAUAUUCCACUUAGGAAUUUAUAUCAAUAAAAGUAUUUAUUACUGUUCCACACUGUCUGAAGUCUGACAGUACCAUUUCUGAUUUGUACUAGCAAAAGCUGACCUUUUUGGGAUUUUUUCCCAUGGAAUAGCAGAAAAAAAUUAAAUACUCAACAUUCAUCUAUUACUGCAAAAAUACAAUAAGAAAUCCUUGAAUUUUUUUCCAUGUAAAUAAGAUUUAGAUAUGUAAUAAAAUACAGAAGUCACGUGAUAAGUAAAAUCAGCUUUUGUUAAAUCCUUUUUCAACUUUUUAAAAGUAAAAUAUUAUCUCCUUUUCUUGGUGUUAAGUCUUCACAAUGUGUGUAGUUCUGCAUAACAGAUACUGAAAAUCACAGCACUUAAAGGGCUAAUUUGAAGAUCUAAAUGGAACACAGACA